CAGAGAGGUGUUAAAAUUAGAGAAAAUUAAUUUAAUUUCGGAACAUUAAUCCUUAAUUUUCCAGCCUCUUGAGUCCUGAAAUCACAUCUUUUUGCAUAUUAUAUCAAAUCCCUCGAAUGUAUUUUACUGAAUAUCGUGAAAUAUCUACACACAUUUAUCAAAAUGUCUGAUUAGGAGGCUCCAGUCGUAGCUUUCAACUGAUAGAAAACAAUAUCAAUAUCGCGAAGGGAGACAAUAAAUACGGUAAAAUAGGUGAAAAAGGGACGAAAAUGUCGAGCAAAAAGCUGCGAAGCGCGUCUUGGGCAGCACACGGUUUGAAUUAGUGCAUAGUGAAAGUUAAAUGAGGGUGAUUCUAAGGGAAAAAUUAGGAAAACACAAUCUCGGAUUCUCCAUAUUCGAAAACUCAAUUUCCAGCCAUUAAAAAAAGUGAUGAAAUAAAUAUAUAUAUUAAUUAAAAGAAAAGUAUGUUGAAACUCUGAAGCGGGUCUCCGUUUUAGGCUGGUUCACAAGUGAAAAGAAAAAUAUUCAAGAAUAUUGUAAAUAAAUGAAAAUUUAGGAUACCAACACUGAUAUACAAAAUGGGUGCACAACAAGUCAAAGAACGUACUUCCUCUACCAGUUCUGGCACCCUUGGAUUAGGUGCUGGCAGUUCUUUGAGACACAGCAAAACGAAGCCUCGAGUGCCGAAAGACGGUCGAACUUUGGGCUCGAACAUUUUCACAGAGCACAAUGCUCUCCUACAAUCAAGACCGCUUCCGCACGUUCCUGCUAAAGGUCCUAUUGGUUCUACAGACAUUCUAAGUCAGCAAUCUAUGGAGUCAGGAGUUCUAUUGAGUGGCACAACAUCUGAAACUAACACAGGAACGUUACUUUCCACCGGUAGUGGCGGUAAUCAAUCUAUAAGUUUUGAAACUGCUCAUAGAUGGACAUCAAAAGAAAACCUGCUGGCUCCAGGUCCCGAGGAAGAGGAUCCACAACUCUUUGUUGCUUUAUAUGACUUUAAGGCUGGCGGCGAAAAUCAACUUAGUUUACGCAAAGGCGAGCAAGUUAGAAUUUUGUCAUACAACAAGUCGGGCGAAUGGUGCGAAGCACAUUCCGAUUCGGGACACGUAGGAUGGGUACCUUCCAAUUAUGUGACACCACUAAAUUCCCUCGAAAAACAUUCGUGGUAUCACGGACCAAUUUCGCGAAAUGCCGCUGAAUAUCUUCUCAGUUCCGGUAUAAAUGGCAGUUUUCUUGUGCGCGAGAGUGAAAGUUCGCCCGGACAACGAUCUAUUAGUUUGCGGUACGAAGGUCGCGUUUACCAUUAUCGCAUCAACGAGGAUAACGAUGGGAAAGUGUACGUAACAGCUGAGGCCAAAUUUAAUACUUUAGCAGAACUCGUACACCAUCAUAGCGUUUUGCACGAAGGACAUGGACUGAUUACGCCACUGCUGUAUCCGGCUCCGAAACAAAAUAAACCUACAGUGUUCCCGCUCAGUCCUGAGCCAGAUGAGUGGGAAAUAAGUCGGACGGAUAUUGUAAUGAAACACAAAUUGGGUGGUGGGCAGUACGGAGAAGUUUAUGAAGCUAUAUGGAAGCGUUAUGGUAAUACAGUUGCCGUAAAGACAUUGAAAGAAGAUACAAUGGCACUCAAAGAUUUUCUGGAGGAAGCUGCCAUUAUGAAGGAGAUGAAACAUCCUAAUCUAGUCCAGUUAAUAGGUGUUUGUACUCGUGAACCUCCAUUUUACAUUAUCACCGAAUUUAUGAGUCACGGAAAUUUAUUAGAUUUCUUAAGGACAACAACCGGGCGCGACACUCUAGAUGCCGUUGCCCUGCUCUAUAUGGCCACACAAAUCGCUUCCGGUAUGAGUUACUUGGAGUCCCGUAACUUCAUUCAUCGUGAUUUAGCGGCAAGAAAUUGCUUGGUGGGUGACAACAAUCUAGUAAAAGUCGCAGAUUUCGGCUUAGCACGACUUAUGCGCGACGAUACAUAUACUGCGCAUGCUGGUGCAAAGUUUCCAAUAAAAUGGACAGCUCCAGAGGGCCUAGCUUACAAUAAAUUUAGUACUAAAUCUGACGUAUGGGCUUUCGGUGUUCUACUUUGGGAAAUCGCUACAUACGGAAUGUCACCUUAUCCAGGUAUCGACCUCACCGAUGUCUUCCAUAAAUUGGAGUCCGGUUAUCGUAUGGAAAGGCCACCUGGUUGUCCUCCGGAAGUUUAUGAUUUAAUGCGACAAUGCUGGCAAUGGAAUGCCAGUGACCGUCCUUCCUUUAAAAAUAUUCAUCAUGGGCUGGAACACAUGUUUCAAGAAUCUUCAAUCACUGAAGCAGUAGAAAAGCAAUUGCAAGGUGCCAUGCUUCCACCACAACCAAAUGUUACACCGCAAAUGAUGAAAAAACCUCAAAUGGGAACACAGCAAACCGCUCAAGCUAGUCUUCAACAUGAUCAGCCAAUGACACCAGUUUCGGAUACAGGAUCAACAUCUACGAAGCUCAGUACUUUUUCAAAUAUGAAACAAGGUGUACAAAUGAGACGGACAACGAACAAAAAGGGAAAAACUGCUCCAGCUCCUCCUAAGAGGACCAGUCUUCUGUCAACUAGUCGAGAUUCAACAUACCGUGAUGAUGAUGCCAAAGCAGGAAUUGAUUUCGAAAAUCAACAAGCUUCCAAUGGCCUCUCACGAGAGAUUGCUAAUUUGACAUCCCGUGCUGAUUCCGAGACAGAAAACCAAGAAGUAACCCCUGAUACGGACAACGAAAGUCAGGAUCUUUCGUUACAACGUCACGGGGUCCAGCACGGCUCAUUUAAACGAAGUGUUCCAGCAAUGGGUACUCGUUUAGAUACACGGAACAGCAAACGUCAAAUAACUCGUAAAGUGGAUCAGCAACCAGGAUCAGUAUCAGCAGCAAGUACGCCUAGCUCAACGCAACCGCCAGUUGUGGGCGCACUAGAAGUACAAAAUGUCAAGAGAGCCAUCAAUCGCUACGGAACUCUUCCAAAAGGAGCUCGAAUCGGUGCAUACUUAGAAUCUCUUCGUCCCCCAGAAAGUGGGUCACAGUCACCUGUUUCACAAACUAUACAAGAAAUAUCUCCGACAGCUGCGCAAGCACCGACAACUGUAAAUCCUAAUAUCUUGUCGCCGCGUGCCGCUCUGAAGGCACAACCACAAAUGAUUCGCAGCAAUUCGUCAGGCGGUGUAACAAUGACAAACUCUGCAACUGCCAGUUUAAACAAAUUGCAACGACAUAGAACUACAACCGAUAGUUCUCUUAUAACGUUCUCUUCAUUUCGAGCAUCAAGUAGCAGUCCGAAAAAAGUCAUUCAGCCGUCUCUAGCUGACUUGGAGUUUCCUCCUCCCCCAAUGGACUUGCCACCACCUCCAGAGGAAUUCGAUGUCGUUGACUUGCCCGGAGAUCAAAUUCCAUUGCAGCCUAGUGGACGAACUCCUCAAAUUCAAAUCACUCCGAACAAUGAUGUUUCAAAUACGGAACCGUCUGUGGAGGAGGCUAGUACACGUUUUGGCGUAAGUCUUCGUAAACGUGAGCCAAGUACCGAUUCUUGCAGUUCUUUGGGCAGUCCUGCAGGUUUAGGGACUACCGCAGCUAACGCAACGGAGAACCUUGAUCAAAACUCCAAGGAAAUGAAAACUCGUACUGAUCCUGUUUCCAAAUUAGUAAAUGAAGGGGUAACAGAACACUACAAACCGGUGACAGAUGCGGUUAUCUAUAAAUCUACAGAAAUACGUAAUACUAAGAUGAAUAAUCAGUUGCCACCAGCGAAGCCGGAAACGAUUCCGCCUCCGACGAACUUUAAAGCACAACUGAAGAAAGUUGAACCAAAAACGCGUCCCGUAAAGCAAGAAACCAAAAAUGAAAUGAUCGAUUUUAAGUCGAGACUGCGUAAAGUACAGGAAUCAGGGACUACACAAAGUGGUGAUGCAGGAACAAGUGAUAGCUCCACCGAGCUAUUCUCAAGUGACGAUAUGUUACCGCCUCCGCCUCCAAUUCCAUCGACUAAUGGAAAUCUUAGUAACAAUAAGCCAAAUAAUACUAACAACAACAGCGAUCAUUGUAAUAACUCCACCACGACUGCAAGAGAAAUGAAAAAGACUGAAAUAAAAAUUGAUAUUCAAGCAGUUUCCAGCUUUGGUGGAAAUAAUGGCAUUGAUGAUAGCAACAAGAAAAAGGACGUUGCUAGUGAUCCAUCAUCUGACGAAGGCAUUAAUGUGAAAACUGACGGAGAAGAUGAAAAACGUAAAAGCACUGGCAGUAUCAAUAGUCUGAAGAAGAUUUGGGAACAAAGUAAGGACUCGUCGAAUGCAACGCACCUCGAUCAAACCAGUCCAAAGCUGGGUGUAAAAAAUGAGGACAAAACCCCAUCUCCACAACAUUUAGACCAUGAGCACCAAAUAAUCAAUAAAAAGCCAGCAGUUCCAGUAAAGCCAUCAAAACUUAUCUACGCGACUCCAAUUCAAACAAAAGCUUCUCUCACAACAACAACAACAACUGCUUCCACAACGACUGGCGAAAACAUAUCGAUUAUUCCCAAUCCCGGUCACGGACGUGAAAAUAUCCUGGAACUUAUCAAUCUAAUCGAGUCUAAUCUAAAAGUUCCCGUGAGUGCAAUUUCCGCGACACAAUGGCUUCAAUUCAGUGAACGUCUUAAUGCGCUACAAACCUCGUGUGUGACGUUUGCCGACAAAGAAACCAUGCCGCCUCACUCAAAAUUCCAAUUCCGAGAGUUAGUGAAUCGCGUAGAGAACCAGUCGCGAUGCUUAAGGAGUGCAAGUAGCAAGAAUGUACAAGAUAAUGAAAAAUUGAUACAUGAGGUUGGACAAUCACUGAAACAGAUCUCAAAUGCACUUCAUCGAUAAACUAACCUUUCUGGCUCGCGGGACGGUUUUUUGGGGCACUUGUUUUUUUUUUAUAUAUAAACUUCGUUUUUUCCUUCUUUCAGUUGUAACUGUGAUAAUUUUAUAUAAUUAAUUUAGUUUGCAUGCAAUGAAAUGCCUAAUCAAAAUAAUAUGACAUACAGGAAUCGUUGUUAAUUUAUGUAUGAGCAAAUAAUUUAAACAUUCAUUUAUCUUUCUUCAGUUGUUACUCUUAUAUCCCAAUCAAUUAUUAGUAUAAUUUAUUUAAAAAUUUUGAAUAAAUACAACAUUAAUAAAAUGAGCUUCGUGCGUCCCAAAAAAGACCGUAAUUGAGAUAAAAUUAU